GGCCCUCCUCCUGUGGCUAUUCUGGGCUGCUGUCUGAUCCCCCUCACUUCCCCCAGCCCCUGCUUCAGCCCUUCUGCUGGGAGUAGCUGGGUGGGGAGAGGCCAGCCCAAUUAGAGAACCCUGUGGCAGGGACCCCUGGAGAGGCCGAGGAGCAGGUGCUCAGCCCCUCCCUCAGCACCAACAGUGAAAAUCUGCCGCUGGAGCCCAGCCUCGGGUAGCCCAGCAUGGAGGCAGCCACGGCACAGGAGGUGGCCUUGGGACCCACGCUGAAGGUGAAAGAAGACAGCCCAGCAGAUGCUGAGGAGCCCCAGACUUCACCUCAACAGGAGGCCAGCAGCCCCAUUCCCCAGCUCCUGGCUCCUCUAGAAGAGCACCCUAAAAUCUGGCUACCUCGGGCCCUGAGGCAGACCUACAUCCGGAAGGUUGGAGACACUGUGAAUCUACUAAUCCCAUUCCAGGGCAAACCCAAACCUCGAGCCACCUGGACACAUAAUGGCUAUGCCUUGGAUGCCAGUCGUGUGAGCGUGCGGAGUGGGGAGCAGAACUCCAUCCUCUUCAUCCGAGAAGCUCAACGUGCUGACUCAGGACGCUACCAGCUCAGUGUGCAGUUGGGCGGCAUGGAGGCCACUGCCACCAUUGACAUCUUGGUUAUUGAGAGGCCAGGCCCUCCUCAGAGUAUCAAGUUGGUGGAUGUGUGGGGCUCCAACGCUACCCUGGAGUGGACACCUCCCCGAGACACAGGCAAUGCGGCACUCCUGGGAUACACGGUGCAGAAGGCUGACACAAAAUCUGGGCUGUGGUUCACUGUGCUGGAGCAUUAUCACCGCACCACUUGCAUAAUCUCCAACCUCAUCAUUGGCAACUCCUACACAUUUCGAGUCUUUGCUGAGAACCAGUGUGGGCUCAGCGAGACAGCUCCCAUCACUGCUGACCUUGCCCACAUCCAAAAAGCAGCUACUGUUUACAAGACCAAGGGGUUUGCCGAGCGAGAUCUCUCUGAAGCUCCAAAGUUCACCCAGCCUCUGGCAAACUGCACUACAGUCACCGGCUAUGACACCCAGCUCUUCUGCUGUGUCCGGGCCUCUCCGAAGCCAAAGAUUACCUGGCUGAAGAACAAGAUGGAUAUCCAAGGCAACCCCAAGUACAGAGCCUUCACUCUUCUGGGAAUCUGCUCACUGGAAAUCCGCAAGCCUGGUCCUUUUGAUGGGGGCAUCUACACCUGCAAGGCAGUUAACCCCCUGGGGGAGGCGUCCGUGGACUGUCGGGUGGAUGUGAUAGCUCCUCUUUAAGGCUCCCUGAGAGAACAUGGGCAACCCUUGAAGAAGGAAGCCUGACUGGUGAGAUUGUGUUCUUAAGGAGCUGCAGUACAACAGCUGGUUUGGACUGAUCUAAAUAAAUGUGUGGCUC